AUGGCCACACCGUCGGAGGCAGCGCUGUCGGACCACUUCAAGCCUCUGGCCCCAGGGGCCCCAGGGGACACCCGCAAGCAGUAUUUGAAGAACCUUCGCGCGCGCAUCGCAUUGCUGGGGGCGCGGCGCGGACUUCUGAAGACGCAGAAGCUGGACACCUCGGAGCGCGCGCGCCAACUCUCGGUCACGAGACGUUGCUCGGUCGCCCAUUUCUCCGUCGAGACUCAGUUGACGAUGGUCGACGGCAACAUCGAAAGCUACGACAGACUGCCGGGCCAAGCGAAAGCGCCCAAGAGGACCCGCUCGGAGCUGAUGGAGGCCAUCGAGGACGAGCGCGAGGCCGAGCAGGAGGACGACCCCGCCGGCAUGGACGCGGCGUUCGACCUCUACGGCGAGCCGCCGAGUGCGGAGCAGGCAGAGGCGGCGGCGCCGCCGUCCAAGGCAGCGGCCGCGGUGCCUGCGGGGGCAGCUGCGGCGAAGGGGGCGCCCGCCGACCGCGCCGCGCCAAGGCCGCCCAACGUGCAGGCCGAGGUCCAGACGCAGCUGGCGCCCGCGCAAAAGGAGACGCAAGCCAUGCCUCAUUGCAUGCAACAGGUGAUGGAACAUUCCAAAGCCACGCAGACAGGUUCGUUUGAUCCGCCGCCACCGCAGUCGAUCAAAUCGUCGCCAGCUUCGCCAGUGGCCAAGGCGGAGUCCAGCGGCAAGCCUGGUCUCGGCGAGAGGCCCCCAUCCUUCGGCAGGGCGAGCUACCGCGCCCUCGUCCUCGACGGGGGCACCUUCCUGUUCCUGGGUCGCACCGUGCACCGCAUCGCCAGCGCGCUGCAGACGCCAUGA